AUGCCAUUCCUGGGUACCAUUAACCAUCGUCUUCAGCGUCUUGCUGAAGAAAAUCCUCAAGACAAGUGUUACACUUUUAUCGGCGUGAAGAAUGAGAGUCUGCAGUUGUCAAGGCAACAGCUUUUCGAUCUGAGCAGAAGUUACGCUUCUCGCCUUAAGCGCAAUGGGGUUAAGCCAGUUUUGUCAGACGGUCAAGAUCUAUUUUCGACCUUGAGACAUUCGAAGUGCUCCACGGUCAUCACAUCAGCAGGGAACCCAACAUUUAAGAUAUUUGAAAAAUAUUUCACCUCCAGCAGUGAUUUGGUCGCAGGCGGGAAUGUAGAAACAAUCAUCCCAGUACAGUGUAGCCAGGCCCCGUGGUUGAAACAGCUGAUCGUGUACAAGUUAAACAGCCACGAAGACCACACAGCUUUCCUCUCUCGUCUAGCUGAUGAAGAAUUCUAUGUCGCCCCCGUCACGGCCGAUGACGAGGCUUACAUUUUCUUGACUUCCGGCAGCACCGGAUUUUCUAAGAUGGUGCCGAGAACACACAGAGAAUGUCUUGACAUAGCAGAAAACUACAGCAGUAUUUUUACUAAAGACGAUGUCUUGUACAGUGAUCGCCCAUUUGGAUGGAUCGGAGGAUUUCCCCAUUAUUUCUUGUCCCAGGGGAUUCCCACCCUAGUGCAGGAACUUUAUGAUGGGGUCACUCUCAGGAGGGUGGUGGAUGUCUGGGACGUCGCGCUUCGUCUCGGGGCUACUUUUACAUUUACACUUGUGGCUGAUAUCAUGCAACUCAAAGAGCUCUACAAGGACGGUAUUUUUAAGAAAUCGAUCGGGAUAAUUUUUACUGGAGCUCAACCAAUCAAAAAGAAUGUCAUGGAGGCUGUCGGCCUAGUGUGUGAGCGGAUGAUGACUUCCUAUGGUUCCACUGAUGUAGGGUUGAUGGUCUAUGGACUGAUAGAUAAACUGAACAAGGACACGUUUAAAGACUGCUAUGCUGGGAACACUAUCUGCCCAGGCUUACAAUUAAGAUUGGUGGAUGCAAAAACCAAAGAGAUUUUUACAGAGCCGAAACGUAUUGGGAUGAUACACUUUAAAGGGAAGACAGUUUUAAGGCGUUAUUUAAACGUUGAAGACACAACAACUAUGACAUUCAUGCUAGACGGAUGGUUGGACACUAAAGAUACUGGCUACUUGGACGAAGAUGGAGGCGUCCACAUCAUUGGGCGUCAAGCAGACAUGAUUACAAUUGGAGCGUAUCUCUUGUACCCGCAGUGGAUGGAGGAGCGAAUACAGAUGUGUCCAGGGAUUCAGUCUGUUAUGGUCGUAGGGCUGCCCCAUCCAGUGACAAUUCAGGAGAUAUGUGUUUGUGUCAUCAAAGAGAAAGACGCGACAUUGACCCUAGCAGACCUGAAGAAUUUCUGCCAGGGAAUUUUCCUGGAGGGGGCCACAAAGUUUGACGGGGUGCCUGAGAAGUUUGUCUUCAUGGAGAGUUUUCCAUUACUUUCUACUGGAAAAGUUUCACGGAAAGCCACUGAGAGAAUGGCAGCGGAAUACUUCAAAGCAUACUCUACUUAA